AUGCCAGGCUCCACGACAGCAGAGGACCAGAGCGAGAACACCGCCGAAGGAUCUUCUCAUCGGAACAAACAUGGCACUACACCUUCCCAGCAAGAAAGUUCCUCGAAGCCUACAAACACCGAGUCGGAUCGUUCAGCGUCGACCACGAGCAACCAGACGGGUAUGCCACUACAACGUGCUUUGUCUGCACCCAGACAGUCCGCUGCUAGCAUAGAUGGUGUAAUCGAGGGUACAAGAGAUCGAUUGGCGAAGAAUGGAACAAGCUCACCAUCGUGGCCGACCUCACCACGUCUCAAGUCUCCUCCUCCUCCGAACACGAGUCGAAGUCAUUCACGAAGGGAUAGUUCGGAACAAGCACAGUCAAACACUGCAAAGAGAUUAGCCCCAGUAUCAGCGCCCGAUCUAGCUGCUGCAAUGCUUUUAUCGGAAGGGUCAAAGGAGCAAAUACAAGCACAAGGGCAAGCACAAUCCACUGCGCAGGCUCGAGCACCGCCUCGUGGGACCACAGGUCAGACUUCCGCCUUAGAAACCGUAGUAGAAGGCAGCUUGCCCUCAACACCAUCAGUCGAUCCUAAGGCCGACCCUAUGACCCAGUCUACUACAUCUUCGAUCUCAGCAAAGAAUGAGUCGUCCGCCGCAAAUUCGAGCACAAAUCAAAGCGACUCCAACAAACAUGCAAGUAACAAGACAGAAAACGAUUCAAAGUCCCGAGCCGCCAGCACCUCGAAGCACGAAAGUGGCCUCGCGAAACGGUCAUUCACUAGUCUAACUGGCAGCAAGAAACCUGUUGCAGAACCAGUCAGGACUUUGACGGUGGAGACAGAACCUGUUGUCACUUCAACCACAGGGUUAGGUGAAAGAAGAGGAGAUGGAGGCAGCGUGAGGACCAAAACUAGUACUGAAACAAUCCGUCCUAAAAAGGAGAAGAAAAGACCCGUCAGAAAGACUGGCACUCUACAUGCUGGUACUCUUGCUUCCAAAGCAGAUAUCUUCGAGGCCAAGGUGGCCAGUGCUGUGGAUGAGGCGGACACUGAUGACUCGGAAGAGACUUUUGUAUAUGAAUCGAACCCGCCUGACCCACGAUCUUAUCGCCACCAUUCUCGCACCCCAAGUGCCACAUCUCUUGCUAGCACCCAUGAUCUUAGAGGCGCCAAGCAUGGUCUUAGGAGUGGGAGCACGGCUAUUUCUGGAAAGAAGAGUAUGAAAUUUAGCAACAACACGCAUAACAGGGAGCACGACGACGAUCCGAGCAGGUCUGGUGUCAGGAAUGCUAGUUCUACUCCCCGACCACACCACAUUGGCAGGUACAACAGAAACCCACACCCCUCCGUCCUCACUGAUGACUCGCCGUUCGGAGCCCAGAGUAAAAAUCCAAUUUCGCCACGCAACCUCACCGGUACGUUCAGAUCCUCAAAGCCUGCAAGCCCUCGUGUCGCAGGUGGACGCAUCACCAGUCCUCGGAAAUAUGCUGGUAGCGCCUAUGACAAUGGUGAAGACAUUGCAGACGACGAAAGGGCCCCCUUGGUAGGAACUGUGCGGAUCAGCCGCAACCGCCAUAGUCGAAGGCCGAACAGUCGGGACUUCCGAUCGAUGGAAAUGGGUGACGAUCUCAAUCCAAGUUGUUGGUCUAGAUGUGGAGGAUGGCUUCUGCUUAUUGUACUGUUGAUCUUUAUUUGUACUGGUGUCGCUGCGUUUGCAAUGGCUAUCAGUAAACCGUUAUACGACGUGGAGAUACACCGUAUCACGAACGUCCUGGCCUCGGAGCAAGAGCUCAUGCUCGACCUCGAUGUGAAAGCUGUCAACCCUAACCUUUUCGCGAUCACUGUUACAGAUUUGGAUGUGAACCUCUUUGCCGAAAGUCCCUAUGUCUCAACGAGCAAGGAAUGGCACAAGCACCACACGAACCCAGGGUUACGAACGACCAUUUCCGAACGCCGCAAAAGGGGUUGGUUUUGGCCAGAUCCUCAUCCCGACGAUGGGGUCGAUGAAGGCACGGAUCCAGACGACCCGGAAGGCGUGCAAAAAAUGCUUCUUGGCCGAGUAUUUGAAUUCGACUCUCCGUUGAUGUUUGAGCCAGCGCCAGUACGACGCACAUCUUCAUCCUCGACUGGAGAGAUUCGUCUGGCUAAGCCUGGCAACAAGACGGAAGUUGGCGGGUCGGAAAGGUGGGAAAGAGUUCUACUCCACGACUUCGAUAUCAUUGUGCGAGGAGUAAUCAAGUACCAGCUUCCUUUGAGCUCGAAGGUAAGAAGUGCCAAGAUAGGUGGUCGCAAACUCGUUCACCCCGAUGGAGAAGACAAGAAGGCCGGGAUUCAUAGCUGA